CGUGACGUCAAGAGGAGGCGGGGCCGAGCCGCUGGAACACGAGAGCGAGCUGAGCUCGAGCCGACAGCAGAAUGAAGUGGUCCGCUGGGGGACGCGCACUGUGAGAGCGCGUAACGUUAGCUAAUAUUUCUAAACUUCGCGCGAUUAUUUUAACGGAGCUGGACGACAGGCAAACACACUGGUGAGGAGUCCAGCUGAUGGAUGAGGAUGAGGAUGAUGUGUGCAGGAAGGGUCUACAGCGCUGGCCUUCCUCUCACGUGCAGAUAAAGCCUACAGAGACAUCAGGGCGUCCCCCUUUAUCACCCAACGGCAUGCUGCCCUGCCGAGUGCAUGAGCCCAGACGCUUUCUCUACGGUAACGCAGGAUUGCUACUACUAGCGCCGCCCAGCCGCUCUCAGCCUCCAGACGUCGCGCGGCGGGAGAACGUGCAGCCGAUGGAUCCGCCCGCGCCGCGGCCUGCGCACAGCGUCGAAACCCUCAUCGGGCAGAAGCUCCAGCUGAUUGGAGAUCAGUUCUACCAGGAACACAUGAUGCAUCACAGAAACCAAAGGAACCAGGAGCCCCUGUGGUGGCGUGUGGCAGUGGCGUUUUAUACGCUCCUGUUCAGGAGAGACGCCGACGCUCGGGACGGGAGGGCAAAUCGCAGGUGAAACAAAAACAAACUGCCAUCCGUGUCCCAGUCCACAUCACGGAGCGGGACGUUUAACGGCACUGUCUGAUAUCUAACACGGGUUUUGAGGGGGGAAAAACAAAGACUGAAAAGAAGAUGCCUCCGCAGGACGGGGGACGGUUUUUUAUGGUAACCUCUUUUCCCCCUACGAAGAUGCCAUGAUGUUCUUGAGAUUCUAACAGGAAUAUUUUCAUAAACAUUUUGAGGUAUUUUGUACAGUAUGCUGUCGGUGUUUAAGUUUCUUUGCACUUCCGUACGUGUAUUCGAAUGACCUCCGCGAGUCUUGGGAACGCCUUACCGUCCCACGCCACCGCCGAAGCGGACGGAUGAAGAUACGGAGGACGGUGGAUGGGGCUUUUCCUUCAGAAAUCUCCCAGGACGUCACUUACAAAUCUCCAAAGAGGCCGUUUCUCAGAACAAAGCUUUUUGCACCUCAGUUUUUCUUGGUGUUUUAAUGUUCUAUUUACUUUUUAUUACAUCAUUGUUGAAUUUUUUUCGUUCUUCCUGUUUUUUAAAUACUUUGAAUAUGAUCUAGACAUCCUUGUGUUUGUCAAGCAACCGAAGAGGGUUUGAUGAAGAGUUGAUGUACUGCUGUUAUUGUCUUUUUAUUUCAUUUGAUUUCAGUUAUUGGCAUCCAGCUAGUCAACAAUCAACAGCAUCAAACUUUACAAUUCAGUACUUUUGUGAAAAUGAAAAACUGCUCGAACAUAUUGUGGUUACACUUCACAAUAAGGUUUAAUUUGUUAACAUGAACUAACAAUGAACAAUACUUUUAAUCUCAACAUUAACUAAAAAAUUAUUAAGAUCAAAAGUUGUAUCUGUUAUCAUUAUUUAAUGCACUUUGAACUAAUAUGAACAUUAUAAGGUUAAUAAAUAUAUUGUUCAUUGUUCAUGAAUGUUAACAAAUGAGAUCUUGUUGUAAAGCGUUACCAAUAUAUUUUUAUCAGGCCUUAAAAUGCACCAAAUUUUGGAAAAUAUUAGAAUAAAGGGUAACACUUUACAAAAAGUUUUCAGUUGACUAACAAUGAACUAACAAUGAUAAAUACUUCUAAAGCAUCUUAAUGUUAAUAUCACACUCUAAAAAAAAUGCUGGGUUAAAAAUGGACCAACCCAGUGGUUGGGUUAAAUGUUUGCCCAACCUGCUAGGUAGUUUUAUUUAACUCAGCUAUUGUUUAAAAAUUACUGUAUUUCUUGCUUAAAAUGAACCCAAAAUAUGUUGGAAAUGAACAUUUAUUAAUAAGUUUAAUGAAUAAUAAUUAAACAAUAAACCUUUAUUAUGCUUAUUAAUAAAUGUUCACCUUUUGAUUAUUACUGUUGCUACCCAACCCAAUCAAAACAACCCAAUCGCUGCGUUAAAACAACCCAAUCGCUGGGUUUGUCUAUUUCCAACCCAACUUGGGUUGUUUUUAACCCAGCAUUUUUUAGUGUGCAACAUUUACUAAUACAUUAAUAAAAUCAAAAGUUUCUGUUUUAUUAUUUAAUUGACCUGAGCUGACAUGAACUAACUAUGAAUAGUGAUUAUUAACAAGGAUUAAUAAAUGUUUUGCUCAUUGUUAGUUGAUGCACUAAUGGGACCUUAUUGUAAAGUGUUACUCUAUAAACGUUCAGCAAAAUUGUUGACCUUACGUCUCCAGCUCACUCAGGUACUUCAGUCCACUCAAUUUAAAAUGGCCAAUAGAUACAAACCUGUUUUCACAUAUCGAAGAUCAUUUGUGUGCCUACAACACGAACAGAACGACCUAGACUGUGUUUACACUAACAUACAGCAAACAUAUCAGCCUCAGCCUUAUUGUAGUCGUCGGCUCUCUUCACGUCGUUUUGUUUUAUAUAUAUCAGCUAAAACUGUGGUUCUCUUCAUCCUGGCCAUCAGUUUCAUGGCCUGCGAGCAAUACUGUGUAAAUCUGUGAAGCGACUGCAUUGUUUCUCCUCUCAGGACACUUGGCGCUUUCGAUUUUCCUGUUUUAUUUUCUACUUUUAUACUAGGUGAUCUGUAAAGUUUUGGUGGUGUAAAUUUCUUUUCUUGUUUUUUUAAAUAGGACCACUACUUUAUUUGUAAAAGACGUGAGGAAGAACUUCUUCUGAAGACUGUAAUUAUUAUGUUUGAAGACACUGAUGCAUUCAAUGCUGUUCCUCUGAUUUGUCUAUCCUGUAUUUUUGUUUGUUUUUCAUCUUGAAGGAGUGACACAUAUUUCGUGAAACUUUCCCGCCAACAUGCAGUUCAAAUCGGAGAUGUUGGCAGAAUGAUUAAAUGAAGGAAAGCAUACACUUUUGUUUUUGUUUCACAUUUUGAAGACAAUACAGAUGAAAGUCCUCGUCAUUUAUCAGAACCGUGUCAAAUAUCGAAAUCCAGCAACAUUCAGCUCAUAUUUUCACCACAAAAAUCAAAAGAAAGAAACAAGAAUCAUUUUGCAUUUAAACUUAUUUUUAGGUCCAUUUAGUUCAGUUGUUUACCAGAGUUCUGAAACCAUACAAAACAUGCUGGGCAGUUUUAUUUAACCCAACUAUCAUUUAAAAAUUACUACAUGGCUGGCUUAAUAUGAACCCAAAAUCACUGGGUUUGUCCAUUUUUAAUCCAACAUGGGUUAUUUUUAACUCAGCAUUUUUACUGUGUAUUUAUUUCUAUAGUGCUUUAUACAAUACAGACAGUAAUAAACAGGAAAAUAAUGAUGCAAAUUCUGCAGUAAAUCAGCCCUAAAAAAGGCUGGAGUGUCUUUAUUCGAUUCAAUUGUCAUGACAAUAAUAAUGUCAGUGCAAAGUUAAUGUCCAACAGUCUUCCGUUUCUUGUGAUUUUGAGGUGGAAUAUGACUGAGAUUUGCCUGGUUUCCGGGGAUCUGUACUGGUUAGCCGUCAGCUCCACUGGUACAUUAGUAGGGUACAGGUACAGUUCUCGAUGGCUCUUUCAGAGCGAUUUGGGCCGCGGCUGAGAGCAUGUUGAAGCAUGUUGAAUGUUGCGCGAGGUGAACGUGAGUUUCCUGCAGAUUGUGAACGCUGAGCCAGUGUCGCGCGCUCAUCCGCCUCAUCGAGCCCACGCUCACGUAUGUGCACUCCUCCACUUCUUAUUUAUUUUUUUUUUCUUAUUUAUUUUGUUCCUUUUUUGUGUGUGUGUAUAUCGGCCCGUUGCUACUGUAUACAUUUCAUUGUGCAAUUCCUUUCUUUAUAUCCCUUGUUUAUACUAACGUUUUGUUGUUGUGCAUUUCUCGUGUUUGUUGUGUUGCUGAAGGAGGUUUAGGAUGAUUUUAAUCUGGUCACUGUUGUUCUGUUUGUUCAAAUCAACUAAGUGCCAUCAAAUGGAUUGAGCACGAGAGAAAUCAGAAGAAUCCUGAGAGAUUUUAUUGUAUAAUUAGGUUACAUAUUGUCAAAAACAUGUCCAGGUUGUAUUUUUCCCUCCAAAAUCGAGUAGAAAAAAGUUGCGUGAAUAAAUUUAAAUAUAAAUAAAUUAUAUUUAUUAAUUAAUUGUAAUAUAUUGGUCUGCCUGAAUACUCGAUGCACAGAUAGUUCCAGUCAGUUUAAUCACCGUUCUAUAUUAUUGCGCUGCGUUCAUUGAAGCGCGCGCACAUAUACGUCACUAACUUUGCACAGAAACUUCUUCUCAACGCUGACUUUUAUUAAUAAAUUAACUUCUCUGCUACUGAAUCGCUGCAUUAUAUCAUUCAGCAAGGACGGCGCUGUUUUUGAAGCAAUUCACAGCUUCAUUGGCUCAAAUAAAUUAAAAUAAAUGUUAUAAUUCAAUAAAAAUAAAAUAGGUAAUCUUACCGCACUACUUUAUCUCUGACUGAUUUAAAGCGGUAGCUGACAAAAAUAACCGCCAUUUUAACCCUUCCUGUCAAAUUUAGCACUGCGAACAUCGAUGACGGCUUUAACUUGUAAAAUAUAGGCUAUUUUUACGUAAAAACAUAUGCAUUUACAUAAAGCAUGUUUUUAGGUUACCUGAAAAACAUAUUCAAACACAAAUGAGUCAAUAGUUUUCUUAAAGUAAGAGUAAAAUGGGCAACUCCGAUGGUUUCAUGAGAAAUGUUUGAGAUCAUAUUAAGAUAUUUGACUUUUAGUUGCAGACCUUGGAGUUUUGAGCAAAUCUGAACACAUUUUGAGACCUAGUUCUGAAAGAUAUAAGAAAAAUACCUGCUUUUCAUCUGAUUUUGGUGUUAAAUAUGACCUGGACAUGUUUGUUUUGCAUCCUGUGAGCUUCACUCAAUCUUUUCAUGAAAUGAAUGAGGAAAACUAAUGAUGAAUUCUGCUUCUGAGGGUUCAAUCUCUCUAAUAUCCUAAAGAUAUUAGCUGAAAUCAUUGCGUUCAAUCAGAAUCCCAUUAUAACUGGAGGUCUUGAAGACAGUCGCAGUUUGUGUUAAUGAAACUAACCUUGUGAAGUGCUUUAUCUCUGUUUCUCUCUUUUUACAUGCACUGGAAAGUACUUUGUGUUUGAUUGAAUCUCAAGGGUUCUCGUAUCCCAGUGUUAUAGUAUCUCUAACAUGUCGCUCUUCUCAAGUUCUUGAGAUGUCAGGAAUAUAUAUAUAUUUUUUUUUUGUCUUCAAUGUUUUUGAUUCAGACGGUGCCCGUAUUAGUCUGAAAUCAACAACCCAUGAUGAAGCCAACAGUGUCUUUAACUGUAUUUCACUCCAUCUUUGUUUUGUUUUUGUUGUUUUGUAAGUUGAUAUUGACUGCUAUUGUUGGGGCUCAUUGGUUUUGGUUUCUAAAAUGGAUUUUCUUUCUGAAAUUGGUGGCUUUUUGAAGGCAGAUGUUUUUGUCAUUCAAUUUCCAACUGUGAUCAAGGGCUUUUUUAAUCUCAAAACAUUCCUUGUCAUCUGCAGUUCCAGAUUUUGCCACACAAUCAGGUUGGCAUAUUCUGCCUGGGCCUUCGUAUAUCCAACAGCUAAUGAUUUACAUUGAAAUGAACCCAUUCAGAAAGCCAUUUAUUGUAAGUAACGUAUGGAUUCAUCUAGUCUCGAGGCUCACACACUCACUGUACACCGAGAAAUGAGACCCAGCGAAGAUGUAGCAUGUGUGUAAACAUUGGGACUGUAUUCUGCACUCCUCACGUUGGUUUUGUUUCUGUUUUUGAUACAGUAUGGAAGUUCUAGUUUUUGUUAUAUAGUGCAAUAUGCUGUACAUAAGAGCUUUGCUCUACAAAAUACUUUUCUGAAGUUUUUUUGGUUGUUUCAUUGGUACACUUUUAUCAAUAAAAUCAUAUUAAAGUCUCAA